AUGCCCCAGACCGCUGUUCAGCGUGCCGGUGCUCAGGCUGCUUUGAGGAUGGUCGGUUCAUCAGGACUUGUCGGUCAGCAGAGACAGGCAUCGACUGGUAACGGUGAGGUUAAGGUUACCGUUCGUGAUGCUUUGAACGCUGCUAUGGUGGAGGAGAUGUUGAGAGAUCCUGAUGUGUUCAUCAUGGGUGAGGAGGUUGCUCAGUACAACGGUGCAUACAAGGUCACAAAGGGUCUUUUGGACAAAUUCGGAGAGAAGCGUGUUAUCGACACCCCAAUUACUGAGAUGGGUUUCGCUGGUCUCUGUACCGGUGCCGCUCUUGCUGGUUUGAAGCCCGUCUGUGAGUUCAUGACCUUCAACUUCGCCAUGCAGGCUAUCGACCACAUCGUCAACUCUGCCGCCAAGACCCAUUACAUGUCUGGUGGUAUCCAGCCUUGUAACAUCACUUUCCGUGGUCCUAACGGUGCUGCUGCUGGUGUCGGUGCUCAGCACUCUCAGGACUAUGCUGCUUGGUACGGAUCUAUCCCAGGAUUGAAGGUUGUUUCUCCUUUUUCUGCUGAGGACUGCAAGGGCUUGAUGAAGGCUGCUAUCCGCGACCCUAACCCGGUCGUUGUUUUGGAGAACGAGUUGAUGUACGGUAUUUCUUUCCCUCUCUCUGCUGAGGCUCAGAAGGACGACUUCGUUCUUCCUAUCGGUCUUGCCAAGGUCGAGCGUGAGGGUACCGAUAUCACCUUCGUUGCUCACUCCAAGUGUGUGCAAGACUGUCUGGACGCUGCUGAGAAGUUGGAGAAGGAGGAAGGUAUCAAGGCUGAGGUCAUCAACCUCCGAUCCAUCAAGCCGCUUGACAUUGAUGCCAUCAUCAAGUCCGUGAAGAAGACUAACCGCCUCGUGACGGUCGAGGGUGGUUUCCCUGGUUUCGGUGUAGGAUCGGAGAUUGCUGCUCAGGUUAUGGAGAGUGAGGCAUUCGACUACUUGGAUGCCCCUGUUGAGCGUGUCACUGGUUCCGAGGUUCCUACUCCUUACGCUAGGACCCUCGAGGCCUUUGCUUUCCCUGAUGUCGAUGUUGUCUGCCGUGCCGCCAGGAAGGCUCUUUACCUUUAA